GAAGCUAGUUCUAGAGAUGUGCAAGGUCAAGGAGAGGAUUCAAUGAAAGUAUACUACAGAGGGAUGAGUUUGGCUAUGAAUGCUUUGUUUGGUUCUAGAGCGGUGGUGCAAGGCCAAGGAAAGUCAAUGGAAGUAUUCAGGGAGGGGAUUUGUUUGGUUAUCAAUUCCUGUGGCCGAUUCGAGCCUAUGUUAAAUUCGGAGGCGGUGGCCCUCAGCCUGAGUUAAGGCUUUACCGCUUUUGUGACCGCCUUUUUUCUUGUUCCAUUCAAUCCAAAGACCAGCUACUUUGUAUUCCUUUGGUAAAAAUUGCACUCAAGGACCUACUUACUUCUUUUGCUGGACAUCCUCUUGAUAACAGCACUGAAGAGGUUUGUGAUCAACUAGUGGCUAUGUACCAAGAAUGCUUAGAAGGUGAUUUUAGCUCUAUUCAGAUUAUCAAGGAAGCCAAUUCUCGUCGUCUAAUGUGGAAACAAGCAAAUAACAAUUUUGAAUUGGAAAACGACCCCUUUAUGGAGAAAAUGAAGCAAGCCAAUCUUACAAAACAAGAUCGUAUAUGUGGGGAAAUGCUUAAACAUGCAAGGAAAACCCUCUCUCUUAAGAAGAAGAAGAAUAAGAAAAAGAAAAUCAAGAAAGCUAAUCUUAGCCAAACUCGCCUUCUAACACAGAAGGAGGAAACCCCCUCUGUUGAGAUUAUCCACGAAGCCAAUACUAGCUGUCUUCUAAUGCAGAAACAAGAACAGGCUAAUUCAUCGUUUGAGAUGGACUAUUCUAAUCUUCCUAUCUCGAUCAGAGUGUUUAAAAAAGGGGUUGAUUUUCUUAUGGAGAAUUUGUGGGUGCGCCAUGUCUUCAUUCACAAGAAGUGUGGAUCCGAAUAUAGUCACUCCCUAAUGCUUCAACAAUUUGCUGAUUACAUCCUCUUUUGGUUCACUCAAACCAUAAAGCCGCUUUCUUUUGAUUACAUAGAAAGGAUACUCAGGAACGAAAUGUAUUCACUCCCGGUAGCGGUUGAUAAUGAUGAUGCUGGUGCUACUAAUGCCAUCAUUAAAGAGGUAGCUAAGAAACUCAUGGUUAUGCAUGAAGAAUGCUUACAAGAUAAUUUUAGCUCUGUCAAGAUUCUCUGGAAGGAUAGCUUAUCUUGGACGAGCUGCUCAACAUCGUUGAAUGAAACUACAGGGCAAAGUAAUAUCGAUUCAGAGAUCUUACUGUCAACAGCCCUUGAUUUCGGCCGGUAUUGAAGAAUGCGCUAUUUUAAAACUUAAAACGUUUUCUUAGUAUAUGUUGUAAUGAUCAAAUUUUUAGUAUUUUAUUUAUCGUACUCGCUUGUGGAGUGCCCUGUUUUGUACAUAUUUGAAUUAUC